AGUGGAGCGUACCAAAUUCUUUAGAAGGGGGGGGGAGUGUAACUCGCCUCUGCCCGUCAGUUUCAGGACAGUAGUGACGCGGAGUACCCCGCACACAUGCUCGGGCACACGGGGAGUGGGUUCACAGCUGUGGCCUUGGUCGGAUCCCAGACUCCCCCCGCCUUCUAGCAGUUGGUUCAGUCCGCUCGCGGUGUCAUGGCGCUGCCCUGUGUGAGGUUGGGAGUUGUGCGGCUUGGCAGCGGGGCUCUCCUCAGGGGUCUUUGUCGGAGCAGCAGCAGCCAUCAGACAUCAGCAGCUGCUGAAGAGAUCGACGUUCCUAGGGGAAAGACCUGGGAUAAGACAGCAGUGCUGCAGGCCCUGGCCUACACCGUCAACCAUGACCCCACGUCCUCUGCGUACAUGUUUCUGGAUGACCCUUACCUCAUUCCCAGCACAUCCACAGAUUAUAAACUAUUCUCCUUGUCCAAAGAAUCUGGGAAAAAUGCAGCAAAAUAUAUCGUGAAUAUGUAUCCGAACCUGUUUCAGAAAGACUUUGCAGAACCUCACAUUCCAUGUCUGAUGCCCGAGAGCAUCCAGCCUCAGAUUGAGGGGGUCAGCGAGGAAGCCCUGAAGGAGCGCGUUCUGCUCAGAAGAGUAAACGAAUCCGUCGACUUGUUCGACCAACUUCUUCAAGGCGGGACAACCCCAUCAGUGGAGACCACAAACAAACUUCUGGAUCUCAUUUGUUUCUAUGGAGACCGCGAGCCCACCACAGAGGACCAACAGGAUCAGCAAGAGGAUAAUGAGAGUCUCCAGGAAAAAGUCAAGAAGAGAAAUGUUCCUCUGAAAAGGAUCCCUGCUGGAAGAACAUGGAGAGAAAAGAACAAUGCCGAGAGAAUCUUCAACCUGAUGCCGGAGAGGAACGCCCAUUCUUACCGCUCCAUGAUCCGAGGAAUGGUGAAGCAUGGAGCUUACACCCAGGCAUUCAGCAUGUACACAGACCUUCUGAACAGCAGAUACACUGGGGAUGUGUACACCUUCAAUGCACUGAUAUUGGCAGCUCCAGAGACCAAAACUGAGGUCAAGGAUCAGUGCGCCCUGAUUGUGGAGCUGCUAAACCACAUGGUGCAACAAAAGGUUACGCCAAAUUUACUAACCUUCAAUUCAGUCUUGAAGAGCUUACGAAAGAUUGGUCCGUCGGUGAAGGGCAUGGCGAUGCAAACCCUAAUGGAGAUGAAAGCACUUGAUAUCGAACCGAGCCUUGCAACAUACAGCCAUUUGUUGGGAGUGUUUUUUAAACCUGGGGAUUUAUUGGGCCAGUCCCAGCUGCUGACCUCCAUUCUGGAUCAGACACAAGGAAAAAGCUUUACAGCCAAGGAUCCCGAUGACAUGUUCUUUUUCAGUGAAGCCAUGAGAGUGUGUUUGGAAGCGAAGGAUUUGGACUUGGCGUAUGAAUUGCACAAGCUGCUGAAUACUGGGGAUAACUGGAGGCUGCUAGGAAAGACGUCCCAGGAAUUUGCUUACUAUGGCAGGCUCUUCCACAUAGUGUGCAUGAUGGAAAACGCUGACAUGGUCUUGAAAUGGUACCGAGAGCUGAUCCCAUCACUCUAUUAUCCCACCUCCAAAGGCUUCCAGAACUUGCUUCAGGUGCUGGAGAUGGAGAACCGACUAGAGCUCAUUCCUGAAAUCUGGAAAGAUAUCAAACUACUCGGACAUAGUAACAAGGAGUACUUACUUGAGGAGGUCCUGCACUUGAUGGCCACUGGGAAACCAAAUGCAGAGCUCCAAGCUGUAUUUGCUAAUACUGCCGUAUCUAUAAAGUCUGUGUAUGAAUCCAGUGCUACGUCUAAGUUCCAGCUGAAGGUGUCUGCAGCUGCAUUCGGGAAUAUAGCAUUACUGCUGACAAGAGCAGGGAGACUGGAGGAAGCCUGGAAAAUUCUCAAAUCUUUCAAAACAAAGCAUCUUGUUCCCGGUCCAAUGUAGUCACUGAGCUUUUAGAUGGAGCUAAAGCUGCAGGGAACAAAGCUAUGGCUGUAGAUCUGGUGCAGCUUGUGGUCGGCUUCAGCUCGCCGGACACGGCCCAGAUUGCUCAGCGAGUGCUGAACGACUUCAC